UGUUCGGGUGAUGUAAUACCGAGUAAGAGUUAUGCCCCUUAUUGUAAACAAUCAUGGCGACUGACAGAGAUAGCUGUGGUCGAUUCAAAAAGAAAAAGACCGGUAAUCACACCAAAAUAUUAAAAUCGAACGUGCUCAUCGACCACAACUACCCAGCUUGUCAUGUUUGCUACGGUGAUCCUUGCAAGGACGACGACUGUCCUCUUUUUCGAAACAUCAAACUCGGCAAAUACGCAAGCAGAGAUGGAUGGAAAGAAGGGCGGAGGAUCGUCGAGCUCGGGGAACUUCUCUCAAAUCUCGUCGCUUGCAAGUACUGCAAAUUGGGCCCUAUUCCAUUAACGUAUGGGAAUAUUGUCAGUGAGAUGAGGAAAGGACUUAGCGGCUAUUUGUACGUGAAAUGUCAGAACGCGGAAUGUGGGCAAAUAAACAUGGUUCCAUACGGGAAGACACACAGGGAGAAGAAGGGGAAGUCAGGGAUGCCAUGUUUUGUUAUCAACACAAAGCUUGGAACAGCUAUGAUCGAUAGCGUUGGGGGACCAGACAGGAUGAAUAAUCUCCUUUCAACAUUAAAUAUCAAACCCAUCAACCAGAGAAGUUUAAAAAGCAUGGAACGGAGGGCUGGAGGCUAUGUUGAAGCUGUUGCCAAAAAGUCGACUCAACAGGCUGCAAAUGAUUCAUUUAGAAUGGAGAUGGAAGACAUUGCAGAAGAGGAGAGUCGACAAGCUGCAAAGAUCAUGGGGGAGGUGAUCGAAGAUUUAGGAGUUUGUCCUCUACCAGACACACCUCCUGAAAUUAGAUUAUUGAUGUCAUCCUACUCCUCUACUGUACCAGUAGUUGAUGCUAGUUCUGGUGAUGAAAGUGGACAUUCUGACCAGACUCCUCAAGCAUCGAAUAUUGAAAGUCCACCAGUCUCAUCUUCAAACAGGUGAGAAUUUUGAAAAAAAUUCAGCACAAACAAUAGUUUUAUUUGAUCAUGUAGCCAAGUGCAUGAUUGAGAGUUUAACCAACUAGGCACACAAUCAAAAUGUUGCCGGUUCGAAUCCUAGCAAACCCACUUGAUGAUGCUUGUUGUGUCCUUAGACAAGUCACUUUAUCUGCAUUGUCUCAGCCCAGCCAGCUGUAUAUAGCCAUCGACUUCGACUGCAGGUUAACCUGCAAUGGUUCACUGGUGUAACAUCCAGGUGGGGGGACAUUAUCCUAAGAGCACCAAGGAAACCGGGUAUAAUCACAGA